AAAACUGUGACCCACCUCACGCAUAGUAUUGUGAGUUUUCAGUGCACACUGAGAAGGUCUUCACACCCCUUGUUCACAAUAACCUACUAAUACACAGCCAUGGAUGAGGAAAUCGCUGCCCUGGUCGUUGACAACGGCUCCGGUAUGUGCAAAGCCGGUUUUGCUGGAGAUGAUGCCCCUCGUGCUGUCUUCCCCUCCAUUGUUGGCCGACCCAGGCAUCAGGGAGUGAUGGUUGGCAUGGGACAGAAGGAUUCCUAUGUGGGAGAUGAGGCUCAGAGCAAGAGAGGUAUCCUGACCCUUAAAUAUCCCAUUGAGCACGGUAUUGUGACCAACUGGGAUGAUAUGGAGAAGAUCUGGCACCACACUUUCUACAAUGAGCUGCGUGUUGCCCCUGAGGAGCACCCUGUCCUGCUGACAGAGGCUCCCCUCAAUCCCAAAGCCAACAGGGAGAAGAUGACACAGAUCAUGUUUGAGACCUUCAACACCCCUGCCAUGUAUGUGGCCAUCCAGGCUGUGCUCUCCCUGUAUGCUUCUGGUCGUACUACCGGUAUCGUGAUGGACUCCGGUGAUGGUGUGACCCACACCGUGCCCAUCUACGAGGGUUAUGCUCUUCCCCACGCCAUCCUGCGUUUGGAUCUGGCUGGUCGUGACCUGACCGACUACCUGAUGAAGAUCCUGACCGAGCGUGGCUACAGCUUCACCACCACGGCCGAGAGAGAAAUUGUCCGUGACAUCAAGGAGAAGCUGUGCUACGUGGCCCUCGACUUUGAGCAGGAGAUGGGAACCGCGGCCUCCUCUUCCUCCCUGGAGAAGAGCUACGAGCUGCCUGAUGGGCAGGUCAUCACCAUCGGCAAUGAGCGUUUCCGUUGCCCUGAGGCUCUCUUCCAGCCUUCCUUCCUGGGUAUGGAAUCUUGCGGUAUCCAUGAGACCACCUUCAACUCAAUCAUGAAGUGUGAUGUGGACAUCCGUAAGGACCUGUAUGCCAACACAGUGCUGUCUGGAGGUACCACCAUGUACCCUGGCAUUGCUGACCGUAUGCAGAAGGAGAUCACUUCCCUUGCUCCUUCCACCAUGAAGAUCAAGAUCAUUGCUCCCCCUGAGCGCAAAUACUCAGUCUGGAUUGGUGGCUCCAUCCUGGCCUCCCUGUCCACCUUCCAGCAGAUGUGGAUCAGUAAGCAGGAGUACGAUGAGUCUGGCCCUUCCAUUGUCCACAGAAAGUGCUUCUAAACAGAACUGUUGCCACCAUAAAUGGCCAUGCAGUAGGAUUCAAACGACCAACCUAAACCUCUCGAACAAGAUGACAUCAGCAUGGCUUCUGCUCUGUUUGGCACAUUGACUCGGGAUGCGGAAAC